AUGGAUAGGAGCAUGUUAGAUGCAGCCAGUGGCGGUGCUCUGGUUAACAAGACCACAGACGAAGCCACGUUAUUGAUCUCCACCAUGGCUGAAAAUUCUCAACAAUUUGGAGUGAGAGCUGAUGGAGCAAUAAGAAGGGUCAAUGAAGUGAAUCACUCUGACUUAGAGGGUAAACUGUCUGAGCUUACCUCUCUGGUGCGUCAAAUGGCAAGGGGGCAAUUACAAUCUGUGAAGACUUGUGGUAUCUGUGCUGCUCCCGGACACAUGACUGACAUGUGCCCAACUCUCCAGGAGGAUUCACCUGAACAAGCCAACAUAGUGGGAGAUUUUUCUGGAUCACCUCCACGAAGGAAUGAUCCUUUUGCACCCAAUUACAACUCAGGGUGGCGAAAUCAUCCUAACUUUAGCUAUGCUUCAAAACCCCCUGGUUUUCAACAACAUUUCCAACCACGACCACCAGUGCAACAACCAUCCACUUCCAAUUCAAACAUGUCACUUGAAGAUAUGGUGAAGUCACUAGCCCAAAGCACGAGUCAAUUACAGCAAGAGCCUCAAAGAUCUCAACAGGAGUCUCACAGAUUUCAACAAGAGACUCGUGCUAGCACUAGAAAUUUGGAAACACAAAUGUCCCAAUUGGCAACUUUCAUGAGCAACCUGGAAAAUAGCAAUAUAGGGAAGUUACCAUCUCAAGUAAUUCCUAAUCCCAAGGAGAAUGCCAAUGCAAUGCAAUUACGGAGUGGCAAGGAGGUACAGUCUCCUAGGCGUGCCCACGCCAGAGAAGAAGAAGUGCCCAGGAAGGUGGGAGAGGAAGAAGAGAAACAAUCCUCUGAAGUCUCAAAGAAAGUUGACAUUCCUCCUUCUUUUCCUGAUAGGUUUACAAAAGCUAAAAAGGAAGAAUCUGAGAAAGAGAUUUUGGACACCUUCAGGAAAGUGGAGAUCAAUAUUCCUUUGUUGGAUGCUAUUAGGCAAUUGCCUAAAUAUGAUAAAUUUUUGAAGGGCUUAUGCACUAAUCGCAAUAAGUUGAGUCUGGAUGACAAGGUGAAGGUAGGAGAGAAUGUCUCAGCGAUUUUUCAAAGGUAG